CUCAACACUCACAGUCACCAAACAAUGACCCUCUUCACCAAGCUUGGAGGUUACUUCUUCGACUUUUCCAACGUUCGAAACCUUAUGGACAAACUCGGGAUAGAGUACUCUGAAUCCGAUGUCAAAGAGUACCUCUACGAGCGUCCCAUAAAUGAAUGGCUAGCCAGCCACAAACCAAAAUUCCUUUCGUCUCGCAUACAAUGGCCACUGGACCCGAUCACCCCCGAGUCCACGGAUGGCAUCAUCGUCUGUACGCAGUACUGGCCCGUUCAUCACGAGGACCUUCCCGGUCCGGAUAGGGAGGAGAGGGAAGAGGACCUGGAGGUGAAGGAGUGGUUGUGCGCGAAUGGAGUGGAGAGGAGUGGGAUGCAGUGGGUGUGUUUUCUGGAUAAAUAUGGUAUCGCGGGGAAGUCGGGGAAGAAGGACACUGCUGAGACGAGGCAGAUGACUGAGGACGAGCUCUGGGCGAGCAUGAAACAUAUGGGGGCCCUCGUCAAAAAGGAAAUGGCGGAGACACGGCGACGGUUGGAAGAAGAGAAGAAGAAGAAACAGCAGGAUGAGGAGAAAAGGAAGCAGAAGGAUGCUAAAGUGUAGAAAGUUGGUUGCCAUUGGGGGUGGCUAGAAAUAUAUUAAUAAU